UCUUACAGAGUUAACUGGAAGCCGUGCUGAAGGCGGCACUCUGUGGGGGAGUUACUGCGUCUCAAGCCGCUGCUGCAACAUCACAGCGCAUUCCUGAGCAGAGCUGAGCAGAGCUGCUAACAUCUGACUGCCACAUCUCAUCUCAUCUCAUCUCUCAUUUCAUCUCAUCUCAUCUCAUUAAAAGCCUGAAGCUACACGGCAGACCGCCUGCACUGUAGGCUCUCCAAACCCCGCCAUCCGCUCCACAGGCGCAGCACAGAAGACUAUGCAUGCUGCAAGCACCGCUGGCUAACUACACGUCGCUCAUGCUUUGCUGAACAUGACCUACUGCUGAGUCAGACUGUAGCGAGCACACUACACAGUGGAGAGAAGGACAGAGAGCUGCUUUCGAUCACCCCGUCACGUGAGGCUGGCCCCAAAAAAUGUCUGCAGAGGUGGAGUCCGGCAUGCCUCCAGCCGAGCAGGCACCCGUGAAGACACCGUCCAAGAAAGAGAAGAAGAAGGCUUUAGCUACUCCGGAGAAAACAGACGAGUUCCUGCUGGCCAGGUUCAAAGGUGAUGGUGUUCGGUACAAGGCUAAGCUAAUUGGAGUGGACGAUGUGCCUGAGGCCAGAGGAGACAAAAUGAGUCAAGACUCCAUGAUGAAACUGAAGGGCAAGGCGGCAGCUGCUCGCUCUCAGGGCAAACACAAGCAGAGAGUUUGGGUAAACAUCUCUCUCUCAGGAAUCACUAUUACAGAAGAGAAGACAGGGGCGAUACUGAUGGAACAUGCAGUGAACAAGAUCUCUUUCAUAGCUCGCGAUGUCACAGACAAUCGAGCGUUCGGCUAUGUGUGUGGUGCAGAGGGCCAGCACCAGUUCUUCGCCAUUAAAACUGCUCAGCAGGCGGAGCCUCUUGUUAUUGACCUGAAGGAUCUCUUUCAGCUCAUCUUUAAUAUGAGGAAAAAAGAAGCAGAAGGUUCAAAGAAGGAAGAAACAAACAAAGUGGUAGAGAAUGGAAGUGACGCCUCACUCGGCAAUAGAAAAGGUGUGGAGCAGCUGGACCUGUUUGGAGACAUGUCAACCCCGCCAGACAUGAACUCUCCUUCGGAAUCUGAGGACAUCCUCUUGCUGGAUCUGUCCACUGAGAUAGACAGCAACCAGAACUGUGUGAAAGGCAACCCAUUUAUCAACUCAUCCUCUACCCGCAGAGCCCAGUCCAGCCUCUCGCCUGAGAACCCCUUCUCCUCUCAGCUCAACUUCUUCCCCACCCCUAGCCACGAUCCCUUCCGGGAUGACCCCUUCUCCAAAAGCAACAACCAAACAGCCAAUCACAACUCCAACUCCCACCAGUUUUUCAAUGGCGACCCCAGGAACGGUGACUCGGACUAUUUAGGUCAGCAGUUUGACCAGCUCUCCAACAGGACAAUGGUCCAGACACUCAGUAAUGGCCAGUGGCCACUAGAUGGCAGGCCAGCAGAGACAACUGUCUGGACUCAAAAUAACAUACCAGAGAGGGAACAGAAUGGCCAUAGCGGAAAGGUGACACCAGAUCCAUUUCUGGAAACUGUUCCGAAUGGAGUGAAGCAUGAGAACGGAAGCAAGCCUGAAGCUGCUGUCAACCAUGCCAAGGAUUCUAUUAUCAUAAGCCCUCCACCUCUUAACACAAAAGCUGGCCGAGGAAGGAGGGGUGUGAAGUCCCCAACAAAUGAAAACGUUGCUGCAGAUCCGUUCACUUCACCCACCCAGUCAGAAUCUCCAUCACCUCCUCACCCGGACUGCACCCCAGGGAGCUCUGUUGAUUUUUUCAGCAAGAGCACCACCAGCACCUCAGACACCCUCACAGGCCUUGGAGGGCUGUCUCUUGGACACUCAUCUUCCUCCUCUAAUCCUGGUACAGCCACAUGGAAUGAGUCCCUCUCUUCCGUGUUCCCCAGAACUACCAGUGUGGCCAAUGCUUUCACACAGCCUUCAGCCUAUUCCACAACUCCAGUACAAAACUGGGGAGGCAGCCAUGGAGUUUUUGGGACCACGUCCACCCAACAGCUUCCUUCCUGGGGAGAGAAUAACACUCCUGCCUCUAAUGGAUACUGGACUCAGCAUUCAACUUUGGGAAACCCCUUUCAGUCCAGCAUCUUUCCUCCAACUUCAAGCCUAAUGUCAGGGGGACAGCAGAGCCCCAGCCCCCCUCCACUGAUCCCACCACGGGCAGGACCCGUUAAAGAACCCCCUAAGGUGGACACUGAUGCCUUUGUGGACCUGGAUCCUUUGGGGGAAAAAGAGAAGAGGGACAUCAAGGAAAUGUUUAAGGAUUUCCAAAUGGCUAAGCCGCCUAAUGCCCUGACUAAGAAUGAACCAUUAAAAGUUGGUGGCCAGAACCUGUUUGAUAGUCCUCUUGGAACAAGUGUUUUUGGAGCACCAGCAACUACUCCGAGUGCUCCUGCUAUCAAGGUUGUGGGAUCAGAUCCCUUCAGAGCCCCAUUUGGAAACCCCUUCGCAUGAUGACCCUUCGUGUUCAUGGAUCCACAAACUCCUAUUGAGGCACAAGGUUUUCCUGUGAAGUGCUACCUUUUCCAAUGUAUACGGCCAAACCAAGAUGCCACCCAAAAGCUCCAUGAAGUCCUCCUACUUAAGAAACACAAUAUGAGAUGAGCUUUCAUGCAGUACCUGAGGCCAAGACGGCAUAGUGCAAAUGUACACUGAUGUUGCUUCAUAUUAUAUGGCACUAUACUAGUGGUUAAUGCAGCCACUGGCAAGAAAGCACAAACUGAACCAGAGGAGAAUGCUGAGUGUUCAUUGCGCAGGUAAAAGUAACGGAAGAAGAACAGUAACAUGGAGUAGGUCAGUUUUGUGUUCUUCAUUGCAGUAUUAUUGCUUGUGUCUUUAUUUCAUUUACUUGGCAGAUGCUUGUUAAUUUGCAGAUGAUUUAUCAGACAAUAGCUUUUUAUGCCAUAAUAUUUAGUGAUAUAGGAGUGCUAUUUUCUUAAACUUUUUUUCUUUUCAUUAAUCCACACUGAAGUCAAGGUCAAAUGGAUAUCAUAUAUUUCUAUAUACCAGCUGGAUUAAAGUAUGUCAUUUAUUACUUUUAAUGAUGGACAGAGUACAGUCACUCCUAUGGAGAUGUUAGAAAAAUUGGCAGGCUACAGCUGGCAAUCUGCGUCAUAUUGCUCUUUUACUGAUCCAAUAAUGUCUUGGGCUGAGUAUUUUAUUCCACUCUGUAUUGUGCUAUUGAAAUAUUAUCAGGCUUAAAGUUCAGUUUUUAAUAAUGUGUUCAAUUGUCAUAUAUGGAUACUGAUCAUCCCAAAUUGUUCAUGUACUUGACAGAAGAACGUCUAUGACUUAUAUGUAUGUACUCUAAAGAUGAUGGUCAGACACUCACUUUUCUUGCCGUGUUACACUGAGUGACAUAUCAAAGAAAACAAGUAAGCAAGGAGUGUGCUGUGCACUGUGAGAUGUAAGGACUGAGACUUUGAUUAUCAGCGUGCCUUCACCUCAGUGACUCUAACGUUCGGAAGGAAGACUGAAAGAUGAUCUGCCUGUACUGUACUGGAAGUCUUGUCAUAAUGACCUAUGAGUUAUGUGUGUUUGGAACUGUGUGUAUUGUGUGUGUGUGUGUAUGUGUAUAAAUAUAUAUAUAUAUAUAUAUAUAUACUCUAUUGUGCACUAUGGCAUUUAUCUUGUAACUGUAGUUGUUGCAAUAAACUGGAAUUUAAUAUUCAGUAAAAUAAUAAAAAAAAAUUCAAUUAAAAGAAUGGGAUCAAAAAAGUGUCCUAUUUAUCUAUAACAGUUUGUAUUUCAUCU